UGUGCUGUCAGUAAUGUACCACAGACGUCACUCUCCAGACCGCCGUGGCCUGAACUGCCUGCAUUUGAUCCUGAAGAAGAGGAAAGACGGCAUCAAGCGGUCGUGCAGAAGGUGAACGGUCUGAUUGAGAAGCGAGAGUGCGGACGCUUGUUUGCUGUGGUUCAUUUCGCCAGCCGUCAGUGGAAAGUGACCAAUGAAGCCCUGAUCCUCAUCGAAAACCACAUUGAUGCAGCGUGUGGCGACAGCAUAAGAAUGGAGAAGGUGGUGUUGGUUGGAGGAAAUUAUUUCACUCUUAUUGGAAAACCACUUCUUGGGUGCGAGAUUCUGGAAGAGACAUCGAUUCCAAAGAAAGAGAAUCAUUAUUCAGCCACAGACCGUAUUACGGAUCAACACCAUUGAUGUUUCACCAAAACUGUUUUAACCUGCCG